UCCAUAAACACAAUUCGUACGUCGAAGAAAGUGGAAGCACUUCAAGCUUAAGAAUAUUUAAUACCUGCAAAUAAAUCUACAUACAGAACAAAAUGAACUUCAACAAGAUUUUCGUACUCCUGGCUGUCUUCGUUGCCAUCUUCGCUGGACAAACCGAGGCGGGAUGGUUGAAAAAGAUUGGCAAGAAAAUUGAGCGCGUCGGUCAACAUACACGAGAUGCCACCAUCCAGACUAUCGCUGUGGCACAACAAGCAGCAAAUGUUGCAGCAACAUUAAAGGGAUAAACUGAAAAUGUCGGAAGAGUGUAGAAGGUCCUGCAACAACUAUCUAAUAACUAAUUUAAUUUAGACUAGUAUUAUUUAUGUAGACAAUUUUGUGACUGAUAUAUGGAGAUUAAUGCAAAAGUAUUUGAAUAAAAUAAUUUGUUUAAAAUAUA